UGACAGUUACCAGUCGGUGGAAAAACAGCUGAGCGUAGGGUCGCGAGCGUUAAAGUUCCGCAGUUUCGUUUAGGAAGUGAGGUUAGCUUGAUUGACAAUGACUACCGUUUUUAUUCGUGUGGACGUGAAAUCGAACUGAGCUGACGCACACUGCACUGUUUAAAUAAUGCAUUUUUUUUAUGAAAUGAAAUUCAAGAUGGAUUAACAUUUUCGGCGUUUUACCUUUUUUCGACUCGCCGGUUCGUCUUAAACUGUUAAAAUUAUGGUUACAUGUCUUUUAGAAAGAAUAAUUAUAAUCCACCCAAUUUUGUGAGUGCAAAUUUUGGCUGCGGCAAGGCUUUCAUAGACAUGAUUUUAGAAAUGCAUAGCACUUUUGCAUAGAUGGUAUUGUUGCAAUGUUAAAAUGACUUCAUUGUAUGCUAAUUCGUUGUGUGCAUUGUUAAUUACAAUUACACAAAAAAUUAUUUUGGUUUAAGUCAUCUUUGUAUGUAAGUCAUUGCAUGGAAAUGAUGAUUUCCCUAAAGAAAGUUUAUUGCGAUGAGCUACUCCAGCUGGCUCUGGCUUUGAGUCUGCUGCGGGUGGACCCGAACACUUAUCUCGGGUACGACGUGCCGGAAAGCGACGAGAACAUUUACGAUUUGAACUUGGGUACGAGCUGGGCCCACGCCCCCGCGCCGGCGGUCCACUCGCGCCGGACGUACGUCCACCCGAAGAGUUUGGACGCGGUUCUGCUCAACUACGAGCGGGAGGUGUUCGAGGACUUGAACGCGCUCGGGCGCUACAACAGGAUAAACGCGCGCCGCUCGGACGUCACCGCGUACCUCCUGAACGUCGACGAGCCGCCGGCCGAAGGUGCGGGAACGGACGACGCGACCGCGCCGGGCGCCGGCGUGGAGACGGGGCCCGAGACGGUGCCCGCGCUGUUAGACGCGCCCUCUUGCAGCCGGGCGUCUGGCGGCGGCGAAGGCCCGGUCGACCCGUGGAGCGGCGACGCUGCGGACGAUCCUGGGCUGACGAGAGAGGACAUGGACCUGAUCGAGGACCUGUGGAAGCAGGACGUGGACCUGGGCUUCUCGCUGGACCUCUUCAGCGUGUCCAAGGACAAGGACGGCGAGGAGCUCGACUGCCUGGAGAAGCUGAAGGCCGAGCCCGUCCACGACGACAACCCUCCCUCCAAGAAUGAAGACAACCUUCUUUCAGAGGAUCUGGACCCCUGGGUAGGGCUCCCGUACACAAUCGACUUGGAGACCGGCGAGUACGUGCUGCAGACGGACGCCGGUGAUGAGCUGAGCGCGCCGAGCGUCGACGAGCCGAGCUGCUCCAGCAGCCAGGCCCUCGCCGAGGAGCCGCCGCCCUCGUUCGCGAUCCCCCCCUCCUUCUCCCUGGAGGAGGCCCUGCAGCUCAUCGGCUUGGAUGAGGAGUCCAGCCAGGGCAGCGCCAGCGACAAGGAGCCGCCAGAAGCCGACCGCUGCCUGCCCGACGAGCAGGGCCCGGAACCCGAGGGAGCGCGGGAAGGCGUCGUCGCUGCAGAGCCCGCGCGGGACCCGGACCCAGACAUGAUCCAGACGGCCCAGUUCCACCACCCGCACCCCCACCCCUUCCAGGGCCGCAUGCCACUGGUGCGCACAGUCAGCAUGGAGCAGCGCUGGCAAGACCUGGCCAACCUGCUGAGCCUGCCCGGGCCGCCGCCCCCCCCAGUGGAGCCCGGCCAGGUGCCGCACCCCUUCGCUCACCACCACCACCACCACCACCACCACCACCACUACGCGGGCGGGGGCGGGCCCUACCAGCCGCCGGCCGAUAGCGGCCGCGGCGUGCUGCUGCCCCCGCCCCUUGCCGACCUCAACGCCACUUCGCCCUACCCCUCCGUCGGCAUGGGCGCCUCCUCCAACCUGGGCUCGGCAGUCGCGACCUCCAUGAACCUGACCAACAGCAGCGAGCCGAUAGGGGACAGCAACCCUCCGUCGGCGUUCAAGGCCGAGGGCUCCCACGACAUGAUGUACUAUCAGAACUCGACUACCGAGAUGAACCAGACCACGGAUGGUUUCCUGUCAUCCAUCCUGAACGACGAAGACUUGCAGUUGAUGGAUAUGGCGAUGAACGAAGGCAUGUACACCAUGCGCAUGCUGGACGGCAACAACUCCAGCGGCGCGGGGGCCACGGCGCUGCAGCCCCACGAGGAGCGGGCGGACGCCUCCAGCGACAGCGCGGUCAGCUCCAUGGGCUCCGAGCGCGUGCCGUCUGUGUCCGACGGAGAGUGGAUGGAGACGGGCUCCGACUCGGGCCACACCGCGGGCGACCACUACGCCGUGGACUACCAAUCGGGCAAGUACCGGCCCUACGACUACAGCUACAGCGGGCGACAGCACUCCAGCCCGGGGGUCAGCCUCCCCGAGGUGACCAGUAGGAUGCCCCCCAUGGCCCAGAAGAAGCACCAGAUGUACGGCAAGCGAUACUUCCAGGAGCAGGGCUCAGCAGGCAGCACCACGCUGGGCAGCCACGGCGCCACACCCAGCCUGCCCGCGGCGCCCGUCAAGUACGAGUACGGCGAGGCGGCGGCCAUCCCCGGUAACACCUUCAGUGCGUCCAUGGAGGGGGCGGUCGGCCCCAAGCCCCCCGAGAUCAAGUACAGCUGCAGCGUCGAGUUCAUGAGGCACCACCCAGAGCCGAGACAGAGUCUGGACCACGUGCAGCACAACCACACGUACCACCUGCCUCCCGAGAGCAUGGGCGCACUGCAGCGGCCUGUCACCCGGGACAAGCAGAGGGGGCGUAAAUCCGAGGAAGAGCACCUGAACAGAGAUGAGAAGCGAGCCCGUUCCAUGAAUAUCCCCAUCACGGUGAGCGACAUCAUCAACCUUCCGAUGGACGAAUUCAACGAGCGCCUCUCCAAGUACGACCUGAGCGAGGCCCAGCUGUCCCUCAUCAGGGAUAUCAGGCGUCGAGGCAAGAACAAGGUGGCUGCACAAAACUGUCGCAAGCGCAAACUGGACCAGAUCCUGAGCCUGGCAGAUGAGGUGCGGGACAUGAAGGACCGUAAGAACAGGCUACUCAUGGAUCGGGACUUUCUUCUGAAGGAGAGGCAGCUUGUCAAGGACAAGUUCAGCCAGCUCUACAGACACAUUUUCCAGUCUCUGCGGGACGCGGACGGCAACCCCUACUCACCGUACGAGUACAGUCUGCAGCAGAGUGCGGAUGGCACGGUGCUGCUGGUGCCGCGCACCAACGCGUCACUACUCAUGGACACAGACACCAUGCACAGCCAUAAGGACCACGAGCACCACCGCAAGGAGUGACCGUGGACAGCUGUCUCUCCCACCAUUCAAACUGUUUUAAUGGUUGAUGAAAGAAACUAUUGAGUAACUUUUUAUAUGCAAUUCAUGUCGCUGUGCAUAGCCACACUGUCUUUUUUUUUAUAUACGAGGCCUGAACUAUGUUACAAUCGUAAACACAAAUUCUCACAGAUGUUCUUUUACUUAGCGUCAUGGCCAGCAUUAAUGAGAAAUGCACUGAUCUCUCUGCAUGUUAUUUUGGUUUUUGUUGGGAAACAAAGUUACUUUAUGUAUAGAAUUUUUUGUAGGUAUACAGAAUGUUUAUAUAGGCUAGUGUGUACUUGGGAUAUUGUAAAAACAAAAAAAGUGACUAGUUAAGAAAAGAUGGCUAUCUUUGUAUACAUGUGUGAUAAAAACAUUUUAUUGAAAGUUGUUUCCAACUGUAAUUGUUUUGUGCAUAUGCCUAUUUACUAAUCUUAAAAAAAAACUGAAAGAUAAUUUUAGAAUACUGCCUCUUCUAUUAUUAAUUGCAUAAUAUUAAAAGUGCUAGAACAAAACAGGUUUGCGUGCUGUGUAAAAUAGUAAAAAAUAAUAAUAAUAAUAAUGCGAGUUUUCAGUACUCGCCAGUAAUGUGUAACAUCUAACCUUGCUAACGAGCACAUUCUCAUCUUUUUCAUGUUGCAAAUACACGUAUAAUGCAAAAUUUGGACACAAAAUUUAAUGUAGAAUUCUUUAAAAUAAUGCUGAGCAUGAUUACAUGCAAAUUGUAUUUUCAACUAUAUUUCUGGACACAUGUCACACUUUUCUGUACUUUCGACUAGAAUUUGCUGCCAGACCAGCUACACUGACUAUUGAAUCAUUUGAUUCUCAGACAGAAAUGUUUAACUAAUAAUGUAAUGGCUCCGCUAUUUUCGACAAGUAAUUUUUCUAAAAUAAUGCCCAUUUUGAUCAAAUUCAUUAAACGGUACAUACUUUAAAGCUAUCUGUCUUUGUGAACUUUGGUUUGCGCCAUCAUUUAUACAUAUUUCUGUUACUUGACUCCGUCGCAUUCACAAAAUUUCUCCUAUCAAAUGCUGUGUACCGAGAGGCAAGAUGUUAUACAUAAAAAAAUAUUUUUAUAACAUUUUUUUGUAGAUGUGUUACAUUAACACUGGUACUAACAAGCUAAUUUUGUACCCUGAGAGUUAGUUUUAGGUAAAAUAAGCAUGCUAUGUAAGCAUUACUUUAUUCAGGUGAUUGCCUUAUAGUGGAGAUCAAGAAACUUUAUAUUAAAAUAAUUAGCAGUAUAUGAAUAAAAUAUUUUUGUAUAAAUUUUUUUAACAUCUGCAUUUUUUGUGUACAUAUCAUUAAUACUGUGGUGGAAGACUUCCCUGUUUUUUCAAAUGUGAUGGACUGACUGCUCCAGUAUUUCAUUUCACAUCAUAAUUGAAUUCUAGUUCACAUUUUACUCAAUUUACAGUUUUGUACUUAUUAAAUGAUGACAUAACUGUGAUGCAGCCAACAUAGGUUUGUUAACUUCAAAAAAUAAUAACAAUUGUUGAGUAAAACAUUUUAUGUAUGACGUUACUGUUCUUUUAUGUUGUCUGUCUCUUGUUGAUAAUAUUUUUUAAAUAUACAAAAAUUUUCACAAAUUUUUUUCUCAUAAAAAAGCCUAUGUAAAUUCUUAAAUGUACAAACAUGGUAAUAAAAAUACUUAAUUCUUGUA